UCUCCUUCGUAACACUUUCCUCACUCUUUCCAUAUUUCUCUCUAAUAUCUAAUAAAUCUUCUUGUAACUCUUUCCUUGUUUCUCUCUAAUAACUAAUAAUCUUUUAUUUUCUUUAAAGGUUGUAUUUAUUAUGGGAGGGGGAAAAGGUGGGUGAGCUGAUUUCCAGCUGCCUUAUAUUGACUUUCUUCUGUAAGAUCAUGGGCAGCUCGUUGCAGGCUUUCUUCUGAGAUUUGGGUUUUUAUUAUUUUUCAUUUUUGUUAUUUUUAAAAUAUAUCAGAAGCUCUUCAAAGGUGGGAUUUCAAUAGUUAUUAAGAUAUAAGAAUUUCUGGUUUUGGGUUUUGGAGAGACAGACAAAACAGAAAACCAAGAGGGGCAAAUUCGGUAAUUAUUGGGUUAUGAAGUGUUUCCAUUUCCCCAUGAGAGAGAAGAGGGAAGAGCAGAAGACUUCAAAGUCCACGUCGGCUCGGUCUUUCUGUACCGAAGUCUCUGAUCGUGAGGCAAGGAGGUCGGGUUCUGAAUUGAACUCUCUGAAUGUCUCAGACAUAAGCGCCGAAUCUAUGGGGCGUAGCCCAUUCCCGAGCCUGUCCCAGAGGCCAAACAAUCUUAAGGGGUUCACAUUUGCUGAACUGAAGAUUGCUACUAGGAAUUUCAGCCGAUCCCUCAUGGUGGGGGAAGGUGGAUUUGGGUGUGUAUAUAGGGGUACGAUCAAGAGUCCUGAAGAUCCACAGAACAAGCUGGAGAUCGCUGUUAAACAGUUGAGCAGAAAAGGGUUGCAGGGGCACAAGGAGUGGGUGACAGAAGUAAAUGUUCUUGGGGUGGUUGAUCAUCCGAAUCUUGUCAAACUAGUGGGAUAUUGUGCAGAAGAUGAUGAGAGAGGAAUACAACGGCUUCUGAUUUAUGAAUUUAUGCCAAACAGAAGCGUGGAGGACCAUUUAUCCACCCGUUCAACCACACCUCUUUCAUGGGCCAGGAGACUAAGAAUUGCCCUAGAUGCAGCUCGUGGCUUAACAUACCUUCAUGAAGAAAUGGAAUUUCAGAUUAUCUUUCGAGAUUUUAAAACUUCCAACAUUCUGUUGGAUGAGCAAUGGAAUGCAAAGCUGUCAGAUUUUGGGUUGGCAAGACAGGGCCCGUCAGAGGGAUUAAGUCAUGUCUCAACGGCGGUAGUUGGAACAAUUGGGUAUGCAGCUCCAGAGUACGUACAAACUGGACGCCUCACGUCCAAGAGUGAUGUUUGGAGCUACGGCAUCGUCCUCUACGAACUCAUAACAGGUCGGCGCCCGGUGGACCGGAACCGGCCAAAAAGUGAGCAGAAGCUCUUGGAAUGGGUCAAGCCAUACAUUCAGGACAUCAAGAAAUUCCAUAUGAUCUUGGACUCGAGGCUCCAAGGGCAGUACAACCUAAAGUCUGCCCAGAAGCUUGCUGCGGUUGCUAACCGGUGCUUGGUGCGGCAUCCGAAGAUGCGGCCCAAGAUGAGUGAGGUGUUGGAGCUAGUGAAGCGGAUCGUUGAUUCGUCUGAGAUGGGGAGUCCACAGCCUCCCAUCAGGAGUCUGACUCCAAAAGAUGCCUCCAAAGAACCCAAAAGGAAACGGGCCAAUCCAAAGAAGGGGAUUCUGGAUUGGAGAAUCGGAGAGAGUGGGUGGUGGCGAUCUUGGAAGCCGAAGCUUAAGAGGAUGUGGUGAUGGGUGGGAAGAGAAUGAGUCUUAUUUUCAGAGUAAGUGAACCUUCAAAAGUCCCAUGGCUGGCCCUUUGUUUAGAGGAAUGAUAACAUGUAGUCAGACUGCAUGAUAAGUGACCAUGUUGGUAACUCAUGUGGGGCCCACCAUGGGGGUGUGUGUGUGUGUGUGUGUGUGUAACAUCUAGCCUGUUCAACAGGUAUGCCAGCUGCCCAUGAAAAUCACCCAGCUCAUAAAGCGGGCCAAUCCACUCGUCCUGAUUUUUUGGGGCGUCCUAUUUUCAUGGUGGGACGAACUUAAAACUUGCUGGAAAGGUUGGAUGCCAUUACACAGUGGGGCCCAGACAUGAAUUGACUGCAUGGUGUGGUCAGUGCAUGUGAUCAUUCUAUUUUUCUUUCUUUCUUUUCUUGUCUCUGUUUUUUUUUUUUUUUUUCCUUUCGGUGCAUGUGAAUUGUAAUGACAUAGGAAGAGUAUGUUUCAUGUGUGUACAGGUCGUGCAGGCAGUGAUAGAAAAAAAAAUUCCCAUAUUUAUAAAUAAUUUCAUUAAAUGUGUGGCCCACCUAGUGUACUUGUGUGCCAUCUAAAGUUGGCAUCCAUGGAACUGAGAUGUUGCGGUGAUAGGAUUUGGAUGUGACGGGAAUUCUCUGGAUCCAUGCCCGCGAUUCAAAGCCAUUCUUGGGUCCAUAUCUUCAUCUAGAGCAUUUGAGCUGUUUAUUAGGUGAUCAUCUGGCUGAUAAUACAAGUAGGCCGACUUCAGGUGGGCUGCAUAUCUGUCCAUAGUUUUCCUACCUGUGGGGUCCAUAAUUUUGCUAUAUGUGAGGCUGACCUGGCAUUUAAUUGGCCUAAUUUUUCACCAGAUGCUCUAAACAGUGGGGGCCAUCUGAUACACGGCUCAGAUGUCCUUGCACAAGUGUGAAUUAAUUUUCGAGGGAAAAAAAAAAACUGAAAGAAAUAGGUUGU